AUGAGCGAUGGAGUGGGUGAUCCAGGCAAGGAGGCGCCGAGGGGCGAAACCCAGGCCGGGCAGACCAGGACAGAUCCCUCCGGUACAUCCGCCUCGACUUCUGUGUCCCCGGGAGAAGCGAAACUGUCUCCGGGAGAUCCCGAUUAUUGCAGGAGGAUCCUAGUCCAAGAUGCUAAAGGGACCAUCCGUGAGAUUGUUCUGCCGAGGGGAUUGGAUUUGGACCGGCCGAAGCGGACACGGACCUCUUUCACAGCAGAGCAGCUUUACCGCCUGGAGAUGGAAUUCCAACGCUGUCAGUAUGUGGUGGGCAGGGAGCGCACGGAACUGGCCAGGCAGCUCAGUCUCUCUGAGACCCAGGUCAAGGUCUGGUUCCAGAAUAGACGCACAAAGCAGAAAAAGGACCAGAGUAAAGACUGUGAUCGUCGUUCCUCCAGUGCUUCAGAAUCCAUCAGCACCUGUAACAUCCUGAGACUUUUGGAACAAGGGAGAUUGUUGUCUAUCCCUCCAGCUCCCAGUUUGCUCAUUCAAGGAGCCAGUCCUCUUGGAUCUCCAGUGGGUGACAAUUGCGGCCUGGUGUCCUCUAGCAGCAGCUCGCCUGCGGUGACUGGAGCCUCUUUCAGCCUCUCUGCACUUCCCCAGACCACCAGCUCCCCCCACUGCCAGCGGUGCUUCACAAAGCCGCCACUAGGCACCACUGCUGAGCUCUCCUCCAGCUACGGCGGUAUAUCAGCCUUUGAGCCUCACACACGGACUGAGGGAGAAGACGGUGCCACGGAGAAAAGGCCAACCUCGUAG